CCCCCCUACACCCCCCUCCUCCGCGGAAGUGACGCCUGCGCUUGGGUCGCUGCGCAGUUGUUCCUUCGGUGCGGCCGGCGCGGAGGAGCCGGAGUCGCCCGGCGGUCGCUGCCCUCCCGUCCCUCACAGUCCGGACCUUCCCGCCCGGAUACUCCUUCCCGUCCUCCGCUUCCCUCCGCCCGCAUCCAGGCACCCCCGGGACGGCCUCGCCGCAACCACGAAGCUCCGCAGCGCGUUACUGGAAUCAUGAAUCCUGUGUAUAGCCCUGGAUCUUCUGGGGUUCCCUAUGCAAAUGCCAAAGGAAUUGGUUAUCCAGCUGGCUUCCCAAUGGGCUAUGCAGCAGCUGCUCCUGCCUAUUCCCCUAAUAUGUAUCCUGGAGCAAAUCCUACCUUCCAAACAGGUUAUACACCAGGCACCCCAUACAAAGUAUCUUGCUCACCCACUAGUGGUGCAGUGCCACCAUAUUCUUCAUCACCAAAUCCCUACCAGACUGCUGUGUACCCAGUCCGAAGUGCCUACCCACAGCAGAAUCCAUAUGCACAGCAAGGCACUUACUACACACAGCCUUUAUAUGCAGCACCACCCCACGUAAUUCACCACACCACAGUUGUGCAGCCUAAUGGGAUGCCAGCAACUAUGUAUCCUGCUCCAAUUCCACCACCCAGAGGAAAUGGUGUGACCAUGGGCAUGGUGGCUGGGACUACUAUGGCAAUGUCAGCAGGUACUUUGUUGACAACUCAUUCCCCAACUCCAGUAGCCCCUCACCCAGUUACUAUGCCCACAUAUCGGGCUCCAGGAACACCAACCUAUAGUUAUGUGCCCCCACAGUGGUGAUCAUCCUGGCAGUCAGUGUUUGAAGAUGGGAGAUAUGCAAUCAAGAAACUGAGGUUUAAAAGUUGGUGCUGAAGCCCUCAUGCCUCCAACCAGGACUUUUCUUCUGAAUGCUUUCAACACUUGGCUAAACACUACUAAUUCCUGAUCACUGAAGAUUUUCCAGUGCUGCAUAUCUUACAUCUUGGAACUCCAGCAGUUAGUCUUAAAGCAAAUCCUGUUUUGUGGACUGUCUUGCAAUUUUUUAGCUUAUUAUAAUGAUAAAAAAGGGAGUAUAAAUUUAUUCUGAUCCGUAUCUAGUUGAAUGCAUGUUAAAAACACAAAAACAAAGCUUGCUCAAUCUACCUGCAGUGACUGAUGCAAAAACCAUCAUAUGCAAAUCCAAAGGAACCCAAAAGUAUUUUACAACUUGUAUCACCAAUGCACUGUUGUGAUGUAUGCAGGGUCUUCAAAGGCAGAUCCAUGACAGUGAGUUUCUUUCUCUGAUACCAUCCUAUACAUUAAAUAAGUGCUUCAGCCUUUUUCAGGCUGAUGGAGUUGCCAGUUUCAGAGGGAGGUAUUUUUUUAUUUAAGUGGUGAUGUAUUCUUUUCACAUUCAUCUGCUAAAUUGGAGUGACUGGAAACUUGAGUAAGCUGUAGAAACCCCACAUGGGUUUCCUUCUCAACCUUUUCAUUUGCAUUGCAUGGAUUCAGUGUUACACAGAGGUUCUUAAGGAUCAGAAUGAAACGACCAAGGUAACAGCUGCUGUGUGCCAGUAAACAAAACAAAAACUUCCUUGAGGCAAAGCUGACUGUUAGGAGGAGGUGACAUCACCUGCAGGAUGAAUUGCAUGUCCUGGGGAGAGAUUUAUCCAGUACUUUCACCUGAUGCAAAGUGGCAAAGUGAGACUGCCAGUGAGGCUGAGAGAAAAAAACACUUUUUAGUUCUCUGCUGAGGAAAUCCACGCUGUUUGUUUUUUUUCUUCACAAAAGUUGUAGUCAGUAGUCAGUUGUACAUGUGUCUGCAGUUGCUGUAGCUUGCUUUCCUGAAACUUCAGCAGUGCUAGGGCUUUCUGCAGCAGAGAGGAGGAGCUGAGCUGCAUGUUACCUGCAUGUUACUCUGAGGAAAGCUUGUGUGUCUGGUGAGUGUGUGAAAGGGGAACAAGUCAUCCUAACACAUUUCCUUAUUAGCUCCUUGCAGUAUGGUCUGUGGAAAUGCUGUAGUAGGGCUGCCAGAAUAUAGAGGUUUCAAACAGAUUUAUUUUUUUUCCUGAAAAUAUUUGCAAUUGAAGUAGGAGCCAUUUGUUGGUUAUAUAGCAUUUUGAUGUGUUAGCUUAGUAUUUUCCUUUAUUUUUUUUUUUUUUUACUUCCUGAAUUGCACUUGGAAGCAUGUAGAAUAAGAUUGACUGCAGGUUAGCAUUUCAUUGCAAUGCAUCACUUCUGAUAUAUUCUUUAUUUCAACUUCAAUUUUUAAAGAGUACCUCAAAGCAAAUGCUGUGGGGAUAAAGGGCUAGCCUUGGAACCCAUUUGUAUACCAAAAUUGUUCUGGGAAAGAUUUUAAAUUUUUAAAUUUGAAUAUUGCACAGAAAAUCAAGGUUUUUCUUAAAACCUGCUCAGCUUACAAUUCCAGAAGGAUGCAAUUUUGUGGUUUGUGGGGGUUUUUUAGGUUUUUUGGUUUUUUUGUGGGGUUUUUUUGUUUUUUUUAAAAUGCAUUCUGCCUGUAAUAAACUAUGCCAUAAAUGGUUAUCAAACGUUCCCUUUCCAGCGUUUUCACUGAGGUGUAUCAGGCCCUGUUCUUCUGUAGGUUACCUUCUGUUCAGAAGUGAAUUUUUUCAAGUUGUUUAUCUUAGUUGUGCUUUGUUUUGGGGUGUUCUGCACCUGUACAGAUUUGGCAGCUGUUUCAGGGUAAGAUCAGUGCUGAUUUAAUGCUGCCACCCCAGUACUCAGCCCUGGUAGGAGGCUUGUACCUUUCUAACACUUGGUGGUCAGAGCCUUCAGUAACUUUACUAUUUACAGUAGAAGCACUCAAUGUCUUUUGUACUUCCCUUUUUUGUUUUUUUAAUAAUUAAAUAAAAUUUAGGUUUAUUUUGCAUUAAUUACUGUCAGUCGACGGCCCCCUUAUUUCUUAUCCCUUGGACAUAACUGUUGGAAUAAGUCCUUUCCAAACUUCUGAGCACUUAUAUAGGGAUUUCUGUAUCUUUUUUUAAUAGGGAGCAGAAAAUCACCCCAGACAAACUUAGUGGAAUCUGUAAGUCCAAUGAAUCUGUAAAGCUUCACUGAAGUCUUUCCCAAUUCCUUUUGUUGUAGCAGGUUUGCAGCUUUGCUUUGUCAGAGAGUACAGUGAAUAUUGGUCCAUUUUAGUGAGUAGAGAGUGACCUUUUGUUGUCUUAGCAUGGUUUUAAGGAAGAGCUGAGGUGUGACAGAGCUGUGGUGGAGAGAAGCUGGGAAUUACAAGCUUGAAGCUUUUGUCACCCAGUCAACUAAAGCUUUGAAUAUCAUAGGAGAGAACUUUCAGGAAUGCUGCAAUAGGUAAAUAGUUAAGGAAUGAACACAACUUCUCUAGAUUUUUCUCUAACUUCAAGAUUCCUAAACAUCAUCUUGGAAUUGGGCUCUCUGUAAUAUUCCACCACAUUUAGGCAGUCUCACUUGAGCACUUUUUUUUUUUUUUUUUCUUUCUCCUGGGAUUCAUCCACAAAAGGGGGGAAACUGUACCUGUUUAGAAAGGUACCACACCUUCCAGUUGUGAUUGAUUCCAAGCUUCUGGAAGAGUGGAGCAUGUCUCCAGGAGUUGAUAUGGAAAGUAACCAAAAGCACAGUGCAGGGGAAAGGGGGGGAAUAUGUGUAUAUAUAACUAUCUUAAUGGUAUUUUGUCACAAAUAGUAGAAAGCAUGGAUAUCCAACUGCAGUGGGGGAAACUGUACAUCAUUAAAUAGGAGUUUACACAGUGAGGGUCUUAUGAAACAUUCUCUCCUGCUUUUUAUAUAACAUUCCCUAUUUAGAAUUCCUUUAUAAAUAAAUAAGCAGUAUGUGUUUGCACUAGAGCUCCUCAGCAAAUGAAAAGAGCCAGUGCAGUAGAGACAUUUCAGAUCAAGCUUCUCUUUAAAAAAAAAAGAAAAAAAAAAAAAAAAAAAAAAAAAAAAAGAAAGAAACAAAAAUUUUUAUGGCAGCUUUAUAUGAUUAAAAAAAAAAAGUACUACUUUAAACCUGGAACUGAAAAUAACUGUUUGCAGCAAUAACAGAGAAGUCCAAGAAACUUUUUUUUUUAAUUAUUUUUUUUUAAAUUCAAAUUUCAGGUGUUGAGUUGAAAGUAUUUUUUAAAAACUGAGGUAUUCCCUACAUCAGUGACAGCUGAUGAAAUUAUCUUUUAAAUAGAGCAGCAGCAAAGGAAAAAUGGGUAGUGAUUGGCACCAAAUCUGUGUAGCCCUAGUCAGUAGCAUAACACUAGGAAGGAAAAUGGAGAACCUACUACUAGAUCUUCCUUAUGCUUCUUGUAGCCAUCUCCUGUUUGAAGUUUUUUAGGAGACAUCCAGGAAUACUGUUUAAGAAAGCAUUUUGAGUUCCUUUUUUUUUUUUUAGUGUGCUAUGCAAGGUAAAUGCUUAGAUGCAGUGGUGGAUGAAAAAAACAAACCUUUAUUUCAGUUGAAGUCCUUCCUUGUAUUGCUUCAUCCACUGGGGAAAAAAAAACCAAAAAACAACACCAAAACCAAGCAGCAAAACAGGAGAGAACCAACCACCACCACCACCCCUAAGUACCACCGUGUCUUGGUGUUGUCUGACAACAGCUCAUGGUACAGUUGAACAGGGUACUCACCACUGACUGCUCUCCAGGGGACGUUCUGGUAGUGAGGUCACUUCAAGAAAUGGUAAAGAAUCCACUUGGAGCCACUCCCCAGUGCUCAAGCAGAGUUAUUAUUCACCAUUUUGGGGGGGUUUAGAAGACCCUAAACUUCAGGUUUCAGUCUCGUGGCCCAGAGGAGUGAAACCUCCCAGCUGGGAACAGCAGCACUGGGAGGAGGGGGAGAGCUCAGGGGUUGUUGGGGGGACUUUGCCCAGGUUGUAGGUUGUACAGGAGGCAAAACCCCAUGGUUGGAGUCAUGAGGCACCCAGGUGUGACCACGUUGAGGUGUUGGGGAACACCUGACAAGGUUGAAGCUCACUGAGGUUGUUGUCACUGCUGAGUGUCACCUUUCUAACCCAGGGUUUGAUCAGCUCUGAGCUCCCCACAGGGAUGAGUUAAUAGGAAAAAAAAAUAAAUUAAAAAAAGCCAAUUCACAGGAAGAGCUGGAGUGAAGUGAGGAUUUCUGGACAGCAAGCCUCACCAAAAAUCAAGUUAAUUCUGAGGUUUCCUCUGGAGCAGUGAGGACUCUCAGCAGGCUGGGUACACUCAGAAGAAAGUGAGGUGUGUUUUGUAGGAACAGUGCUGAUCUGGGGACAAGGAAACCUUUUAGUGUGUGUGUGUGUGUGUGUGUGGAACAGAACACUGAAACACUGGGAUUCCACGUGUAGUAAGAGCCGCUUUGUGGUAUUUUUAUUUUUAUUUUAAUAUUCUAAAUUUCUGGGCUCUGAAGUUUCAGCAUCUAGAAAGUGAAGAUGACUUUUCAAAACUGUUGUGACUUUGGGCACUUAGCAGGCAAACUGGGAAAGCUUUUUUUUAGCUGGCUGCUGUACAGACUUGUUUUAAGUAGAAUGGAUUUGUUAGUGAAUUACUUUUUUUCUUUUUUUUUUUUUGUAAUGCUAUUAUUGGCUGCCCUCAUGUCUAAGAUUUGAAAAAGUGCAUGCAAUGGAAGUACAAGAGGCCCCCAGUAAUAGUUCUCCAUGUUUGUUAUGAAAUAGACACAAGUUUCCUUUUUAAUUUUUUUUUUUUUUUUUUAAGAAAACAAAAAAAAACUGUCUUGCAAACAGUUGUAUUGGUACUUUUUUUUUUUUUUAAGUUUAGGUCAAUGUAGUCUUCCAAAAUAAGUUUUAUGACAUCACUCACUCCUGCAUUGAACAAUUGCAUCAACACAGAGUGGAGAUCCCAUUCUGAGCCAGUUCAAUUGUGAAAAUUCAUACUUUUUUUUUUAUUUUUUAUGCAAUUCAAUGAGUAGAUGAGCUCAGAUUUCAAUUCUUAAAAGCACGUUUAUUGUAACAAGAAUUGUUAUGUAUUAAUACUUCAGUUUUCAAUAAAGAUUGACUUGUGUUGCUUA